AUGUGCUCUACACGUCCAGGGUGUUCGCCGGACUGGCCAAAGGCUCCACGGAGUGAAAUAGCGGGUGAAAUGGCCGAAGUCAAGAUACGGGGCACCGUAUUGUCUUUAUUUCCGAUUGUGUUGGCGAUAUGCAUGCUAGGCGUAUGCAGACGAUCGGCCAGAUGCUCGCAAUUACCAACAGCUAUACUGUUUCUGUUUUCCUCAACCGUGUUCGAGGUGCUUAUUCUGUAUAUGCUGCCCGAAAGCCCGUACUGCCUGAUGCAGUCAAAUUGGCGGGAUAAAGUCGAGAAAUCGCUCAGGCGUAUCUGA